CUAUCACGUGGGCCGCCUCGCGUUAAACUCUUAAAGGGUGCCCGUGCAGCCUGUCUUACGAAUACUCUGCCCAUCUGAAUACACAUUUAUACUGAGGACGCCAUGAGCGAGGAAGACACGAGAAGUGCGGAUCCUGAAUCGACAAAUGCUUCAAAACAGAACGGUACAGCAGACAGUUCUACGAAUGCUCAAGAAGAUAAAACCGAGGAUACUAUGAGCGACGACAAUCUUUCCCAACUUUCGGUCUCAGAUGGGUCCAUUGUGGAAGAGCUGCCGGAGGAUCCGGUGGAAGUUGCUGCUCAGCUGAAAGACGAAGGGAAUGCAAAGUUCAAAGUUGGGAAAUACGGAGAGGCCAUCGAUCUCUACACGAAAGCCCACCAGCUGAAUCCGAACGAACCAAGCUACCUAACAAAUCGUGCUGCAUGUCAUAUGGCUAUCAAACACUAUCGGUCUGCCUUUGAAGAUUGUCAGAGUGCCGUACUGUUACAAGGCGCGUCGCCACAACCUAAAACCCUCCUACGCCUUGCUCGAUGCCAACUCGCCCUCGGCCAACCCAGCCCAGCCCUUUCCACAGUCAACUCCGUCCUCUCCUUGGAACCGAAUAAUACCGAGGCAAUUACACUAAGACAGAAAGUCAACACCUUACAAUCCCACCUUGAUCGAUAUCACCAAGCCGUUGAAGGGGGUGAAUGGAGCAUUGCACGCUUUGCGCUGGAAAACGCUGAGAAGUUCAUCGAUGGCAGCAUCCCAAUUGAAUGGCGAUGCUGGAAGAUUGAUAUUGAGAUCCAUAGAAGACGAUGGGAUGCUGCGACAAGUGCAGCAAGUGAUGCACUGAGAUUUGACCCCAGCUCUCCAGAAGUACUUACAGUCCGCGCUCUCGUCCUUUUCCUCACCAAUCGAAUACCUGAUGCCAUCAAACACGUCCAAUCUGCUCUUCGAUAUGAUCCGGAAUACUCUCGCGCUCGACUGCUUUUACGGAGAGCAAGAGAAAUCGAGAGCUUAAAGGAGGAAGGCAAUGUCGCUUUCAAAGCGGGUCGGCUGGCUGAGGCAAUUGAGAAGUACACUAAUACUCUCGAGGCGAUUGGGGAACGGCCAGAAGAAGGGGAAGGCGGGCAGUUGCGUGCGCUAGUGUUAGGUAACCGAGCGACAGCCUUCUACAAGGCUGAGAAGUAUCAAGAGGCGUUGAUUGACGUUAAUGCCUCAUUGAAGAUGCAUCCUGCUUAUUACAAAUCAUUGCGCACGCGUGCCCGGAUCCGGCUUGUGCUGGAGGAGUACGAAGAUGCGAUUCAAGACUUCAAGGAUGCCCAUGAGUCGAGCAUGAUAGAGGCAGGAGCCUCCGAACAGAAAAGCAUCGAGAAGGAAAUUCGUUUGGCCGAAGUUCAACUUAAGCGUAGCAAGACCAAGGAUUAUUACAAGAUCCUCAAUUUGACGAAAACAUGCUCGUCAGCUGACAUAAAGAAAGCGUACCGGCGUGAAUCUCUCAUCCACCACCCUGAUAAGGGGGGUGAUGAGGAAAAGUUCAAGCUUGUUGUCGAAGCUCAUGCUGUGCUAUCGGACUCUGCACGGCGCCGGAGGUAUGAUGCAGGUCAUGAUGAAGACGGCCAGACGGAAUCGGGUGGCAUGGGUGGCACGCAUGGAUUUGACAUGUCGGAUUUAUUUAGUAGCGGAGACUUUGGGGGAUUCAGCGGGGGCUUCCGUGCUGGACGAGGUAAUCCAUUCGGAUUCUAGUAUAGAUUUGCAUUGUCGUUUGUACCUUAAUGAUCAACGCAUCAAACAAUUGUCGGUAGUAGUGUGGAUGAGCGGCCAAAAAAUCAAUUUUUG